AUGGGGAAGACAGUCUCAGCAAGACCACGGGCUCACACGACCACCGGAGCUGCCAAACAGCAACCACACGAGCCGCCUCGGCCCAAUAGCCAGCAGCAUCAACGUAUAGUCUGCAGCUCUGCUGAUAACUUGCAUAACCCCGGGCAAAAUAAUUCCCAGCGCGAGCCCAGGAGAAGCAACACAAACGCCAACCGCAGUCGCAGUGCUGGUACCUAUGCGUCCAAGCGGCUAAGUCCAAUUGCAGACCAAGGACAAUUUGCUCGUGGAGGGCAGAAUCGCUCCAUUCAUCCAAACAGUGACCCUCGAUGGAACGAGAUGAUCGGGGUUGCUUUGAGUAGCCCUACAGUGGACCUGUUCCCCGUUCCGCCAAAUACUAAGAUUGAUCCCAUGUGUACCAAAAGUGCCCCUGCAGGUCUAGGUAAAAGAGAGGUAUACUCAGGCACUGGGCGGGCCCAUCUCUGUUGCAGCACUGCACCAAGUACCGUGUCAAGCACUAUAUCAAACACGGUCACUGCUAAAAAGCCACUUCAACGGAAGCCGAGUAAAUGGAAGAAAUUCGGAGGUCUGUUUCGCGCGAAACAAGUUGAAUAUCCACAAAACGAGUUCUUCUAUCAGGUUCAGGUUAACGACAAACCUCUUCGCCCUGCUAAAAGCCCUAAUUUUCAGCCCCAGGUAUUUGUUGGCAACCAAUACCCAUCAAACUCACUGGAUGCUAUCAACUCGACAACAAGUCUGGACUCUCGAAGUCAAGCUCGUCAAAGCAACCACCAACGGCAUCACCGCCAACGCACUGCUAAUGGCUCGGAUCCUGUCAGUCGACCUCACCUAGACUUGUGCCCGUCGUCAGGAAGAUCGCUUUCUCCUGACGAGUCACCCAAACAGGCUAGAAAGAGGACACCCGCCAAAUUGAUUAAAAAUUCUGAGAUCAGAAGAUACUGGAACACAACGUCUGACGAGCUAGAAUCAGCUCCAGAUCUUCUCCAAACAGCAACAACAACAACAACAACAACAACAACAACAACAACAACAACAAGAACAACAACAAGCUCCCCGUUUCUUUCCGUGGAUAUUCCUAGCAUUGAGAUGGAAAGGUAUAGCGUCAUGUUUGGCGGGCUGAUUGAUAAUACCGCGCCAUCUCUUCUGGCUAGGAGGAGCAGGGUAUUAAAUAAGUUGAAAAUCCCUGAUAAAGAGGAUGAUGAUCGCCCAUUACCUCCUCCGAGACGUGCUACUUCUCCUGGGCCGGCCAAAUCACCUGCUUUUUCGCUAUUCCCAUCUACUCCUACGGAUAAGCAGUCGAAAAUAUUAGGAUCACACUGUCUACCCCGUCAAUCUCCCCGCCAAAAGAGAUCAAACACCCAUCCAUCGCCUCAAAAAGCUCUCUUCGACCGCUGGAGCCGUGACACUAAAAGAGGCCUAGAUUCCUCUCGUGACUUACCACCCCCUUUUGUUCCAAAUGCAGGCGAAUCUAGCGAUGGCUCCUUGUAUUCGCCCUCAAGUUACGAUGAAGAGUCAGAUAAAUACCCUAACCCUGUCCGCUUACACGUCAACCCCCCUGUUAAGCUGGUUGAGCCGGAUUGGGAAAUGGUUACUCCAGCCCAUAAAAUGGGUGAGCCUAAACAACAGAAGAACCGUUAUCCACUGCUGAGUCCCACCCCAAGUGUUAAUUUGCCUGGCCCAGGUGAACAAGUCAACGGAGCGGGCUUCUACUCUAUACAGCCCCCUCCUCAAAUUAGUGCUCAAACCCAUAAUCCGAUCCAGCGGCCUCCAGCUGAUUCAUUAAGACCCGAGACAGCAUCCUCUUGUCCUCCAAAGUCGAGCCAUCAGAACAAUCUAUCAAUAGACUCACUGUCCGACGACCUACAGAACGAAAUUGACACAGCACAAAUAUCUAUUGCACGAUCCGUCUCUUUAAGCAGAGGGCAGAAAAAGAUUUUGGUUCCUGUUGGUGCGAGAACAGGGUUUCUUCGGCCUGGCGAGCGGUUUGUUGAAAAAUCUGCAGGUAUCCCAACACAGCUAGCUGUCCAAAGAGGCCAUCGCUAUGAAAAGUCUAGAAAUGCCUUGAUUGAGAAUGCCUAA